CAAACCUCUCCAAGAAACGAGGUAUUCCUUGACCAUGAGGGCCAUCAGCUCCUCCCUGCUCAUCGCCGCAGCCGCCGCCGCAGUAAUCGCGCUGUGCUCCGUCGCCCCCGCUGCAGCGGCGCGCGAGGCGCCGGCGCCGGCGCCGUAUAUAACCGUCGGCGAGUGGAGGCCGAUCAAGGACGUGAACGACCCCCACAUCCAGGAGCUGGGCGGCUGGGCGGUGUCGGAGCACGUCAGGCAGGCCAACGACGGGCUCCGCUUCGGCAGGGUGGUGAGCGGCGACGAGCAGGUCGUGUCCGGGAUGAACUACAUGCUGCUGAUCGAGGCGACCAACGGCGCCGGCAAGAGCGCGACGUACGGGGCGGCGGUGUACGAGCAGGAGUGGACCAAGACGCGGAAGCUGCUGGCGUUCGCGGCGGCGAAUUGAUCCGGGGACGUACCCGUCGUGUGGUGGUGGUGUGGGCCCCCUGGGCUCGUUCCUGGUUACAUGGAUUUUGAGAUCGAUUAGUGGUAAUCUUAAUCAAGAGCUGCGAUCACCCGCGGUGUAUAACAAAUGAAGUGCUGCAUUGCACAUCUUGGGAUUUACAAGGUUCAAUAUAAAAGA